UUGGGCUGAGCUUUCUUCAAUAUCUCAAUAUUUCUCUCCAACGCGUCAGGCCAAAGUUUGGUCUCUUGAGUGAGAUUCGCGUUUUCCCACUCAAAAUUCCAACUGGAUCUUGGCUGCUGUCGCUGGCGUUGGUUGGGAUGCUUUGAGUGAGUUUUGCGCAUCCCUUCGAAUGAACUUGCGGGUGGAAAAUCCAAACUACGGGCAGCAGCAGCUGAGAGUAGGAAAAAGGUGCCCGUGCAAUGAACAAGUGAAUCGCGCGAGAGACGAGACACGAGACACGAUUUUCAGCUGACGGAAUCUCGGUUUCGAUGAGCGUACCGCAGUCGGUAAUUCGGGUGGAAAACUUAAAGUUCGGUACAUUUUCAAAACCCGGAGCCCGGAUUUUCGGCUGGUGAGCAGCUGUUGGCCGGAAUAGCCAGGCCGUGGCUGUGUGUUGGCAGCAUCCGCAGAGAAAUAUUGAGGCCCCCCCUCCGCCACGUGUGUUUUAGGCCGACACGGACGCGGGUCGGUGCCCCCCAGCCCCAUCCAUCAAUCGAAAAAACGCCAACGGCUUACAUUUAUUAUGCAAACGGGCCGAAAGCAGAGCAACAACAACAACGAAUGAGCGGAGCGGUACAGAGAAAAUGAGAGCGCGGAGAACAACAGAGAGACGAUAAAACAACCAAUACAAGAAUAGCCCGAAUAGCGGUACAAAAGUGCGAAAGAAAGGAAAAGCGAAAGUGAGAAAUCAUAUCGGCGGCCGUUAAAAAACUGGAAAGCGCUCAUCCUCUCCUCUUGUGUCCCGUAAACUCUUCUUUUCUAUACUCUCCUCUCGUCUUUCCCUUCGCCAUUUUUUUUUGUGUUGUACACAGACAACGAAAAAUUUGUCAUCGCAGCGGCGGAGCGGAGAAGAACAAAAGGGACGACUGUUGUGGAGCUUAUACAGGGGGGCAAAAGCAUCACACAAAGAGGAUAGAAAGAAAGAAGGAACGAAAUAAUAAAACACCGAGUGCGGGCGAGAAAGAGAAGGCAGCACCCAGAGCCCCCAGCUCAAUGUCCUACCCCCGCUGGAGACGACACGACGACGCACUCACGCGCACGUGUCGGGGCGCAUAAGCUUCGCACUUGACUUGAACAUUAAACGCGUAGGGCUCUGCCAACGCAGCCGCUGCCACUGCCACUGCCAGUAGCUGCCCUCCCCUCUCCUACUAUCGUGCGUUAUGGAAAUUCUGGAGGCCUACAUCGCACUGCUCCUGUCGGCCCCGGCCCCGGCCACGGUCCUGCUGUCCUGUGUCCGCGGUGUUGUACCGCCUCCUCCUCCUUGCCACCAGCAGGCUGUAAAAUGUUGAAAAAAUCUCCAGCCUUUCCACGCAAUUUUUGACAGCUGUCAACGUGCGCUCAGCCUCACUGUGCGAGCGCGAGUGCUAGUGUGUGCGUGUGUGUGUGUGUGUGCGGAGGUGGGUGGUGAGUGUGUGUGUUGGGCGUGCGAGUGUGUGCCGUGUGUGGCAUAGUUAUUUCCACUUGGGCGGCAAGGUCAACGCGCCACAUGAAAAUUGAAAAGCAACGCCAGAGCCGCCACAAAAACAAACCGAAAAGCAUGACUAGGAUUCACAGGAACAGGAGUGGGAGCAGGAGCAGGACAAGGAGCUACAGCAACAGCUACGGCAUAAGCAUCAGCAUCAGCAUCAGCACAUGCAGCACAUUCAGCAUCAGGAGAAACAUCCCACAUCCCACAACCGUCACCUCGGCACCGCUGCAAAAAUGCUUGAGAAAUAUGUCGCCACAUACUAUGUGCGUGUGUGUGAGCAAGUGAAAUUAAAAUUCCCGCAUGCCUAAUGAAUUCUCCAUCCGAAAUAUGUGCCCCAAACGUUUGACGCACGUCCCCGCCACAGCCGCAACAGCAGCCGCAGCGUCUGUAUCUGUAUAUGUGUUCGUGUAUAUGGGAAAGUGUACGCGCUCGCGCGUGUGUUUGUAUUUGUGAGUGAGUGUCAGUGUGUGCGCCUGUGAAAGCCAAAACAACAGUUAAAAAACAAUGGUUAACUAAACCAAAACGAAGGAGAGCAAAGAGUCAACGAAAGAAACAGCUACGAAAGGAAGAGCUGAGAAGAGAGGAAAACACAAGUGAGAACUGAGAGCUGCUGAAAGAAACAGCGGGGAAAUAUUUGAUAAAUCAUUGGCAAAAAGGAGCAGCCAUUGAAGAGCGGAAGAGUGAGAGCGGCAUCCGCAUUCUGCUAGACAACAAGCUGGAGGGCAUGUCCACAGCCAAAAGGCUGGUGCUCUCGCUACGUGGACGCAAGAACUCGCAGGGCAAUUCGGCGACAUCCUCCACCCGCCUGGUAUCGGCCGGCACCUCGCCCGGCCAUGAGCUGGAGGAAAUAGCCGUUGUCUCUGGCACCGGCUCGAGCAGUCAUCACUUCUCCUAUGGCGGGUGUAUUGCCAGCAGCGAUGCCGCCGGCGCAGCCUCAACGCCGCGAUACUCCACAGAUUUAGGACCAAAGUUUGGCAUGUCCCAGCCGAAAUUCGGCCAGAGCGUCUCGCAACAAGGUUUCUUCACGUCGCACGACAGCCUGGCCACACCAUGCCACAACUCGAGGGCCAGCAACUCGCAGAUGGCCACCGUAAGCACUGCCUCCGAAAUGGAUCUACUGCACAACAGCAAGCAACGCGGCGGCUGCCACAAGUCGCGCGGCCGACUGAAAACAACAACCAGCGGCGAUCAGCCGCUACUCAGUGGCACCGGCACCUGGAAUCGAUCGACACACGGAGGACGUGGCUCACAGGAUAACACGCUGGCCAGCGGUGGCAACACCAAUCUACCCAUGGCCAUGGGUGGACACAAUCAAUACGGCGGCAACUACUGCAACGGCACAGAUCGUUAUCCUCGCUCACGGUCGCAGCAUCAGCAGUCGCAACAUAAUGUUGCACCCGCUGCACCGCAUCGCUAUCAGCUGCAGCAUUCGGCAUCGCAUCACAUGCACUCACAUGCAGCAGCCGCACAGGGCGCCGGGGACGGACAGGGCGGACACGGCGGACACUCGCAUCAUGGCGGACACCAUGGAGGGGGAGGCCCCGGCAGUGGUGGGCCACACGGCGGCCAGCCGCAUCACAAGAAGCCACACCGCACCGCCUCGCAGCGGAUUAGAGCGGCGACGGCUGCCCGUAAGCUGCACUUUGUGUUCGAUCCGGCGGGGCGGCUGUGCUACUACUGGUCCAUGGUCGUGUCCAUGGCCUUCCUGUACAACUUCUGGGUGAUAAUCUACCGCUUCGCCUUCCAGGAGAUCAAUCGCAGGACGAUUGCCAUCUGGUUCUGUCUGGACUAUCUGUCGGACUUCCUCUAUCUGAUUGACAUUUUCUUUCACUUCCGCACCGGCUACCUGGAGGACGGGGUGCUCCAGACGGACGCCCUCAAGCUGCGCACCCACUACAUGAACUCGACGAUCUUCUACAUCGACUGCCUGUGCCUGCUGCCCCUGGACUUCCUCUACCUGUCCAUCGGCUUCAACUCCAUCCUGCGCAGCUUUCGCCUCGUCAAGAUCUACCGCUUCUGGGCCUUCAUGGACCGCACCGAGCGGCACACCAACUACCCGAAUCUCUUCCGCUCCACGGCCCUCAUCCACUAUCUGCUUGUGAUAUUCCACUGGAACGGCUGCCUCUACCACAUCAUACACAAGAACAACGGAUUUGGUUCCCGCAACUGGGUCUACCACGACUCCGAGUCUGCGGACGUCGUCAAGCAAUAUCUGCAGAGCUACUACUGGUGCACUCUGGCCCUCACGACCAUCGGGGACCUGCCCAAGCCGCGCUCCAAGGGCGAAUAUGUUUUUGUGAUAUUGCAGCUGCUCUUUGGCCUGAUGCUGUUCGCCACGGUCCUCGGACAUGUGGCAAACAUUGUGACGUCCGUCAGUGCCGCACGCAAGGAGUUUCAAGCCAAGUUGGACGGCGUCAAGACGUACAUGCGGAUGCGACGUGUGCCUAAUCAUUUGCAGGUGAAGGUCAUCAAAUGGUUCGAUUACCUGUGGCUCACACAAAAGUGCUCGGACGAGGAGCGCGCCGUUUCCUGUCUUCCUGAUAAAUUAAAGGCUGAAAUAGCAAUUAACGUCCAUUUAGAUACACUUAAGCGGGUUGAGAUAUUCCAAAAUACCGAAGCCGGUUUCCUCUGCGAGUUGGUGCUGCGACUGCGGCCGGUGCUCUUCUCGCCCGGCGACUACAUCUGCAGGAAGGGCGAGGUGGGCAAGGAGAUGUACAUUGUGAAUCGUGGACGUUUGCAGGUGGUCGCCGACAAUGGAAAGACGGUGAUGGCCUCAUUGAAGGCUGGUUCCUAUUUCGGCGAGAUUAGUAUACUCAAUAUGGGCACAGCAGGCAACAGACGCACAGCCAGCGUACGGUCGGUGGGCUACAGCGACCUGUUCGUGCUGAGCAAGAAGGACAUGUGGGACGUGCUGAAGGAGUAUCCGGCGGCGCGUGUACGUCUGGAGUCGAUAGCCGUCAAGCGCUUGGAGAAAUACAAGAAGGCGCCACUAGAGAAAGUCAAAUACUUUAAUGUAGUUGCCAUGGGCCGGUGCCAGUCGACGCCCGGUCUGGUCGAGAGCUGUGGCCGCACCUCGCUCGAGGACAUGUGGCUGCCGCCGGCAGCAACGCCACCAGCACCAGUACCCUUAUCCUCGCUGCUGCAACAUCAUCUGACACAUCAGCAGCAGCAGCAGCAUCAUCAGCAGCAGCAGCACCAGCAGCCGCCGUUACAUCAGCACCAGCAGCAGUCUUCGACGCAGCAGCAGCAGCAGCAGCAGCAGCAGCAGCAUGGGUACAGCCCACGCAGCUAUGCGGACCGUCUGGUGCGUGCCACAGACUCACCCAGAUCGGUCAGCCCCAGUGCCCAUGGGUCCGAGGAGCGUCCGCGCAGUCGGGCCGCCUCACAUCACUCGAUACGACCCCAGUCGCAGCCCAGCCACUCGGGUCACAUCUGCGACUCGAGCUCGCAGCUGGAGUGCUAUGGCGCGGGCGUGGGAGCUGCUGGUGGAGGCACAACGCCGCUACUGGGCUCCCACGAGGUGCUCGAGGACGAGAUCAAGCGACUGAGGGAACGACUGCACACGGUGGAGUCGGAGAAUCAGGCGCUGAACACAAAACUCUCGCAACAGCAGUGGGAUCUGGAGAAUCGAUUGGCCGAGAUCGAGAUGCAGAUCUGUGGCGUAUCGUCCACGUCCAGCGUGGAUCCAGAGAACGAGACGGAGGAGCUGGAACGGAAUCGAGAGAGUAUCAUAUAACACGGGAGCGCGCUGCCCCAUCAGCCGAUCGGAGCAGCAGCAGCCACACAGCAGGAGCCCCAGGAGCCAGCCAGGAUUGAAGUUGGGACACAGACCCACAACAAGAGCAGCUCUUUGUAGGAUAGCGGCAUACAUCACCCAAGAUGUUCAAUUAAAAUCUUUUACGAAAGAAGCGACAACUCACAACACAAACAAAAAUAAUGGCACUGCCUUAAACAAAAACCAAACACCACAGAAGGACGAUGCCGAGUGUACAUACGAGUGAAGUGGCGUUGCCACACAAAGAGAUCAAACGUAGUCUAAGAAAACCAACCCAAAGAAGGGAGAUCUGCAGAUCGUAUUGUAAUUUAAGAUAUCGGAAAAGCUUUACUAGAUAUUCCGAAAAUAACUUUUCGCAGCCCCAUAACUCGUUGCCC